AUGCCUGGGACGAAAAGUGCCGAGGAAGAUCUGAACCAGAUUUUAAAGCCCGUGUAUUUCCUCUUGAAGCUAAUUGGUGCCUGGCCAAACUCCCACACCUCAACAACCCUAUUCUCAAAGGUUUCAACGUGGUGUUUAAUCUUAGUUUCAUACUUCCUGCAAUUGAUGGUGUUGGUCCCAGGUAUUCUAUACAUAAUCAUGAUAGAGAAGAACGGCAGGAAGCAACUUAAGAUGAUAAUACCGCACAUAAACUGCUUUUGCCAACUGUCCAAGUAUACGAUCUUAUUGCGACAGUCGAACAAGCUCAGCAAGAUAUUGGAUAAACUGAGGAACGAUAUGUUAAGUGCCUCUGAAGAGAAUCGAAAGAUCUUCCGAAUGAGAGCGAACAUAGGACACAAGGUGGUGAUAAUACUGGCAAUCACCAUGUACGGCGGAGGCCUCUGUUAUAGGACGAUUCUUCCGCUCUCAGUAGGGAAAAUUGUUCUACCCAAUAACGCCACUGUAAGAUUGUUACCGUGUCCGAGUUACUUCAUCUUUCUCGAUGAACAAUCUACACCGAACUACGGAAUAAUUUUUAUCCUGCAAGUUCUCGGCGGUUUCAUCAACUACACUACUCUAUGCGGCACCAUCGGGCUGUGCUCGAUACUUUGCUUGCACUUGAGCAGUAUGCUGCGAAUCUUGAUAAACAAAAUGAUCGAGCUCACGAAACAGGCGGAUAUGAGCGAGAUGGCUGUACAGGAGAAGAUCGCGGAUAUCGUUGAGCAACAGUCGGAUAUCAGAGGAUUUUUAACUCUCGUUGAACAGAUCACACCGUAUCUUUAUUUUUUCGAGAUCUUUGAUGAUGUGUGUAUAGCAUGCGUGACUGGAUACUGUAUUAUCGUGGAAUGGGUAGACAACAAUCUGAUAGCUAUAAUAAUUUAUCUUAUGUUGCAAGUGACUUGUAUGUUUUCCACCUUCUCCAUAUGUUACAUUGGUCAGCUUCUCAUGGAUGAAAGCAACGAAGUUAGACUGACCUCCAUCACGUUGAAUUGGUACCGCUUACCUGCGAAAAAGGCACAAAGCUUGAUCUUGGUGAUUAUCAUGUCGAAUUACCCAAUAAAAGUUACGGCAGGCAAAAUCGCAGACAUAUCCUUAUCCACCUUCACCGAUAUCAUUAAGACGUCCAUGGGGUACUUGAACAUCUUACAGAAAAUGGUUUAA